GGCUGUCGGUGCGCCCCCCUCAGCGCUCCCCCGCGGCGGCCAUGGCGGAGCGGCGCCGGUGCCCCGAGUGCGGCUCGGCCGCGCUGCUGGAGGACUCGCACUACUCGCAGCAGCAGCUGGUCUGUGCCGCCUGCGGCUGCGUUCUGGCCGAGGGGCUGCUCACCACCACCUACACCGAGGAGGAGCAUCUGCGAGAGGUGUCCUACUCGCAGAGCACUGGCCAGAGGGAGCAGCUGAGCCGCUGCCUGCAGCGAGGGAUCAGGCGGGUCCAGGAUCUCUGCAAGGUGCUGCAUCUCCCCGCGGUGUUUGAGGACACAGCAGUGUCAUACUUCCAGAGGGCGCUGCAGCUCCCCUGCUUCCACCUGGUCAGCGUGGAGAAGAAGGAGCUGCUGGGGGGCUGCUGUGUCUUCGUGACCUGCCGGCAGCACAACUGGCCCCUGACCAUGGGCACCAUCUGCUCCCUGCUGUACGCGAAGCAGGAGCUGUUCGCUGGCGUCUUCCUGAGCCUGCAGAGGGAGCUGGGGCUCUCCGUGCCAGCCCUGAGCCUGGCAGAUCUGGUGAAGACACACCUCAACAGCUUUCAGCUCUUCCAGCACACAGCCAACGUCCCUGCUCCCUUUGUGGAGGACAAGGAGAAGAUGAUCACCAGGACGGUGCAGCUGGUGGAGCUGGCCAGCGAGACCUGGCUGGUCACCGGCCGCCACCCUGUCCCCGUCGUCACGGCCGCAGCCUUCCUGGCCUGGCAGUCCCUGCAGCCCCCUGCCCGCCUCACCUGCACCCUGGCACGGUUCUGCAAGCUGGCUGCUGUGGACUUGCCACCCCCUGCACACCUGAGGCUGAAGGAGCUUCUUGAGAUCCUGCUGAGCAUGGCCUCCCAGCUCGCUUGGCUGAGAGUGUUUAAACUGGACAAGAAAACAGUGGUGAAGCACAUCGGGGACCUGCUGCAGCACCGAAUCUUCCUGCUGAGAAGUGCUUUCUGCCUGGAGGAGCAGCAGCAGCAGCAGCAGCAGCAGUGUGCUGUAGGCCUGCAGGAAGCUUCCCAAGGAGAGGACUCCCAGCGUGAGGGAUCUCUGGACAAGGGCUCCCCAGGUGAGAGGCUGCAAGACAAGGAGGACUCCCUGGACAAGGGUUCUCUGGGCAAGGAUUCCCCAGGAGAGGGCUGCCCUGGCUCUCCUCUCCCGGCAGUGCCAGGCAAGGGCUGUCCCUCAGGUGGGGAACACCAAGGUGAGGGUGGCAAGAGGCCCUUGCUGCCACCCUGCCUCCUCAAUCCCAGGAAGAGGUUACGCAGAGCAGCCCCCAGCUCGGAUGCUGCCCUCAGCGGCGAGGAGCACAUCUCCGACAGCGAGAUCGAGCAGUACCUGCGGAGCCCAGAAGAGGUCAGAGCCUUUAGGAAGGUCAAGGACUGGCCAUGAAUUGGUUGUCCUGGGGCAACAGGGACUGAGGACCAACAGUGUGAAACCUGCUGGUGACAGAGCCGUGGCUGCAGGGAGAGUUGCCCAAGGCAGUGGGGCUGUGGGGGGGGCAUGAGCUGUGUCCUGGUUGGUGUUUGGGACCAAGCUGAGGCCUUCUGUGGAGUGGCCACUUGAGGCUGCCUUCUGUUUCUGUGGGAAAUAAAGAGAAGGGUGGGGGCUG